CAAAUAUCCAUUACGGAUGUAUAAGCCUUUAUAUGAUAUGUUGUCUAUUUGUAAAGAGAUUUAUCGAGAGGCUGUCUGUCAGUUUGUAAAAAUCCACCAAAGCAAGAGGUUUAAACAUGUCUGAUUUAAAUCAAAUUUGCCGUUUUUGCGAUAAGAUUCUUGAUGAUAUUUUUGUUCUUCCUUGUGAUAAUACUCAUGGAUUUUGUUCUGAUUGUCUAAAAUUGAUGAAGGAAAGUAGCAAGUACAAACAUUUAGAUCGAUUAGAGUGUCCUCUUUGUCAGAAACUUGUUGAAUGGCCAAGUGUAACAAUAUCGAGUCUUGAAAGGAACAAAAUAGAUUUUGAGAUCUUUAUGAAGGAAGAAACACAGAAUUUAAUAAUUGAGAAAGAAAAUGUCCUUAAGAAGAUCGUUGGUCAUCAGAAAGCUCUUGAGAAGAAGAUGGAUGAACAAGUGAAAAUUUUGAAUAAAGAGGUUGGUGAUUAUUACUACAAUCUACACGAGAAAUUGAAAGAAUACCAGCAGAGCUUUGUAGAUUAUCAAGGUUUAACUCUAAGUAAUGAGCUUAGUAAGAAGUAUGCUAAAGAUAUAGAAGAUAGAUUAAGGAUGGGCGUGGCUAAUAUAAUGAAACGACAAUUGAAGUUUGACAUGAAUGAUUUUCAGCAGAGAUUCUCUAUUGGGUCAUUAUCUCAUUCGGAUCACGAGAAAACCACUUCAUUCGAUGGUGAAAUCAAACAAAUUUGCUCAUUCAGGCAAUCAAUUUUGGUUCUAGUCCUUGAACAUGCUUUAAAAGAAAAAUAUUCUGUUUUUCAAUUAGAAAAUGGUAAGCAACCGAAUAAUCUUGUAACAUUGGAUAAUUGCGGAUGCAAAACCGUAAAAUUAGCAAGUGAAUCACAUUCAAAAUCAUCUAUCUAUUUGUUCGAUGUUGAGAAACUAUUACUAUAUAGUUUAGGAAAGAGAGGGGUUAAGUAUCAAUUACGAGAAAAAUUUUCUACCGAAAAAGGAUGGACAAAUAUAUUCUGCGUUAACAGCGGAGUUAUUCUUACUAUGUCAGGAAAAAUUGUUCAUCUCGAUUCGAAAUUUGAUAUUAUAUGGGAAUUCAGUAUUGACGACGAUCUGGAUAUUGUAGAUUCAAAACUUGUCGACGAUCAAUUGAUUUUAUUGCUGGAAGAUACGAGCAUCUUAGUCGUCCGAAUAAAUGACAAAUCAUUCUUGUACGCUAAUGUUGAGUUAGAAACGAAAUAUGAUUUAUCAAUUCAAGACAAUCUUAUACCGAAACUAAAAGAAGGGUAUUGUUGUUUAUCGAACAAAGAUUUAAUAUUUCUCGUCAAUCCUUCUAAUCUUGAGGGUACUGCCUACAAAAUUGGAAAGAAGCUUAGAAACUUUCGUUUAGCAUUUAACAAAGUAUUGAAAGAUCAAGUUAUCCUCUAUUUUGUCGAUAACAACAAUAAUCUAAUUACAAGGAACUUUUCAUUAUGAUUAUAGGCCCAAUAGUAUAGUUGUUUAAAUAUUUUAAAGGGCGUAACUGUAUUUAGAGAAGUAAUUAAUUUGUUUUUUAGCAGUUGAAAUCAAAAAGAAAGAAAAAUCAUCUUAGCCAUUAAAUAGCUUUUAAUAAUAAUCAAAUAAAAACAAAUAAGCUUUCUUUCAAUGAUUUUUAAUAGUCGAUGCUUUAUCAUAAAUCAUAAUAAAAUGAAAAAUAUUAAA